GGUACUAGAGGGUGGGGGGCACCCGGAGCCCGCGCUCCGGAAGUGAAGCGGCCACUCCACCCGCUAAUGGAUGCGCGGCGGCCGACUGGCAGACCGCUCUCCGCGCCAGGGCCUAAAAACACAUGGUUCAUGUUUGUGUGUAACAGGACAGCUUGAUUUGGAUGAAGUUAAGACACAUCCAUACUAUUAUAUAGAGGUGGGAGACAUCUUCCAGAGCUGGAAGCUGAAUAUAUGCGCCUUGAUUCUUGAGGAACAUUCUGGAACACAUAAACAGGAGUCCUCACUAUCUUGCUGUAUGACUCCCCAGAGUUUUGGGUGCUAGAGUGAAAGCCACCUCCCCACUGACUAGAGAGAGGAGAAGUGACAGAAACCGGGAGAUUCUGGGGCGAGCAGUUGUUCCAGGUGCCUCAUAGUGACAAGAGCCAGCACCACCCAGCUGCCUACGGCUCCCAGAAACAGCAGCAAGCCCACUGCAGAGCCACAGGGCUGGUAACUGCAGCCCACCCCAUCCACUCAUUAACCCUGCUGUGGGUCUGAAGACACAAAGGAAGUGCCUGGUUCUUGACACUGAGCCAAAGGACAAAGCAUUGAUCCAUAAGGCUCUGAUUGGGGAGUGAGCCAGGCAGGGACUACGUGCAGAGGCACAUCCUGGUGCAGAGGCACAUCCUGGUGCAGAGGCACAUCCUGGUGCAGAGGCACAUCCUGGUGCAGAGGCACAUCCUGGUGCAGAGGCACAUCCUGGUGCAGAGGCACAUCCUGGGACCAUGGCAGUGGCACUGUUGGAGGAGUGGUGCAAGAUAAUGAGCGUGAGUGACCGGAAGUCAUUGCUGGUGACUGGCAUACCAGCCGACUGUGGGGAGCCCGAGAUCCAGGCAGUCCUUCAGGAGGCGCUCAAGUGUGUGGGCAACUACCACCUGCUAGGCAAGAUAUUCCAGAAGCAAGACAACACGAAUGCUGUCUUACUAGAACUCAUGGAGGACACGGAUAUGUCUGUGGUCCCCAGUGAGGUGCAGGGGAAAGGAGGUGUCUGGAAAGUGAUCUUUAAGACCCCUAACCAGAACAGCGAGUUUCUCCAGAGACUGAACCUCUUUCUAGAAAAAGAAGGCCAGACGGUUGCAGGGAUGUUCCGAGCCCUGAAGCAGGAGGGAGUGUCCCCAGCAACCACAACCUGCGCAUCCCCUGAGUUACUGGCCCACUUGGUGGGGCAGGCAAUGGCUCACGCUCCAAGGCCUCUGCAGCAGCCUGUGAGGUACUGUAAGUUGCGAGUGUUCUCUGGGAGCACAGUGCCUGGCCCAGAGGAAGAGUCCUUUGAGAUCUGGCUGGAACAGGCCACUGAGAUAGCCAAAGAGUGGCCCAUCCCGGAGGCAGAAAAGAAAAAGUGGAUGAUGGAGAGCCUCCGCGGCCCCGCCCUGGACCUCAUGCACAUCGUACAGGCAGACAACCCAUCCAUCGGUGUGGACGAGUGUCUGGAAGCCUUUAAGCAGGUGUUUGGGAGCCUGGAGAGCCGUAGGAGCUCGCAGGUAAGAUACCUAAAGACCUAUCAGCAAGAAGGGGAGAAAAUCUCAGCCUACGUGCUCCGGCUGGAAACUCUGCUCCGAAGAGCUGUGGAAAAACGGGCUAUUCCCCGGAACAUUGCUGACCAGGUACGCCUGGAGCAGGUCAUGGCUGGGGCCAACCUUAGCAAUGUUCUAUGGUGCCGUUUACGGGAGCUGAAGGAUCAGGGCCCGCUACCCACCUUUUUGGAGCUGAUAAAGGUGAUACGAGAGGAAGAAGAAGAAGAGGCCUACUUUGAACAUGAGAGUAGGGAGGAGCCAGGGGAACGAGAGGGCUAUGGCCGCUGGGACAAUUCAAGGAACAACUGAGAGACACCCCUACUCCUGUCACCCCCUGGUGAGCAUAGGGAUAGUGCUUGGCGAGGCUAAUCCAAUUACAGUGGAUUUUUCUCUAGUUGAAGUCAAGCAUUAGAACCAAAUAUUUUCUUUUAUUUUGACAGGGUCUCUACUUAAUAGACCAGGCUGGCCUUGAUCUUGCACUUUUCCUGUCUCAGGCCUCCCAAGUUGAGUUCUGGGAUUAGAGGAGGGUACCACCACUAGUGCCCCAUCUCAACUUUUCUUUCGGAGAAAAAAUGCCUGGGCUCUGAGUAGCCUGGUUUGGUGGACUCUUAAGCAGAGUGUCAGUAAAUACAAGACUGGGUUCCUAAAACACCUAACGCUCCUGUACUUUAGUUUCCGUGAAGCACACCAGGGUCAGCCAGACGGCUCCAUUGGUAAGUCUGCUUGCCAACCUCUUCAGAGCGGGUAAUGAUGUGAAUAGGGAAUAGAAAUUGUUCAGGCAGGAGCUGGAAGGAUGGCUCCGUGGUUAAGUGCUAUUCUUCCAGAGGAGUUCAGAACCCCGCACCCGCAUGGUGGUUCACAGUCACUCAUAACUCCAGUUCCAGGGGACCCGACACCUUCUUCUGUUCUCUUCGGGCACUGCACACAUGUGGUACACACAUAUAUAUGUGCAGAGGACACACAUAAAAUAAAUCUUUAGAAAGAAAGAAAAGAAACAGGCGAGGCAGUUUUGGGGCAUUCCAAGAGUAUCCCUGGUUCUCUGACCCAUGGAUGUCACAAAGGAACUCUCGUUUCUCAUUGAAACCUUCAUGGAGGUUACACCUGAAGGUGGGACUGGGACCUCAGCCGGAUACUAAUCCCUUUGUAAAUAACUUUAGAAAUAGAUCUCUAGAUUUUCAUGAUAAAAAAUUGCUUAUAUCUGUUCCCCAGUUUUAGCCCAUCUCCUAAACGAUUUUAGUACCUCUUCAGAGGAGGGAAUUUCACAGUGGCCUUGAUUGGGGCUUUUCUGAGUCUCUUAAGAGAAAAACAUUUCCUUCUGGUCAGAAGAGUGGAAUCUACCUCUUGCUUAGGUGGAACCCUAACAUUCCAAACUAACCAAAACAUAAGAGUUAAUCCAAUUGGGCAGGUCCGUUACCUGGCUAACGGACUGCACAUCAGGAAGGCAGAUUCAUCUAACUCCAUGCUAAAGAGAUGGGAGGAAUAAUUAUCCCCCUAAUGAGAACAUGUACUUUUGCUUCCCAGAAUCUCUGUUAUCUGUAUAGUCACAACAGAGCCACCACAAAAAUGAAACUUGCUCUUUUUCUUUUCUUUUGCCUGGGGCCCAAACCUAAGUAAGCUUUUUCUAGUACUUCAGGCUUUUUCUUCUCUUUCCAUAUGACUGCUUGCUAAACCUCUACCUAACUCAAAAAAGAAAAGAAAAAGAAAGAGAGAGAGAGAGAGAGAGAGAGUCAUGGCUUUCUCUCUUCUCCAUGUCCUUCUUCAGGAAGGUUUGAUCCCCAGAGAACCAACUCCUACAAGCUGUCACCUCUCUCUCUCUCUCUCUGUCUCUCUGUCUCUCUGUCUCUCUGUCUCUCUCUCUCUCUCUCUCUCACACACACACACACAAUGUUCUAAACCACACCAAAUAGACCAAUGUUGACUCAUACCAUAAAAGAAAGAAUUGACCUUAUUUUUAAAAUCAAAACAAAACCCAAAAACAGCUUUUGCAAUAAGCUUGAAAGAUGAGGUGGAAUGGCUUGUCAGGUCAUUUCCUGUCUCAAAUCAGCAAAUUCUGUCAGACUCUGGAAGCUUCCUCCAGCUGUCAUCUAUAGCUAAGCAGUCACGGGCCUUGCAGUAGGAUCUGGGGUGAUGGGAGGCAGGUCUUCCUCCACCACAUGAAUGAGACCAUCAUGGCUUUCGGUUUCUAACGUCACCUGCAGAGUGUCCCCCUCCACACAUGCCUUUCUUCUACUUCAUGUAGAUGGUUCCAGACCCAGCUGCAGUGUCAGUCUCAACCCAUGGAUGAUUCGUGAAGUCUGUUACCAAGAGGUACACAGCUAUAGAGAGAUGUCUUUGAGAAAAAGAUGGAUGUUCAAAGACACACACAGAAUUGGACACACACAUAGUGUGUGUGACUACCACUCUAGUCUAUUUAACCAUGAAGACUUUAACUGGCAGCGGGAAUGAAGCAGAGAAAAAGACCUCACAACCUACUGAGGGCUGCAACGUGCAACGUGUUUCAUAUAAAUCCCACUUCAUGUGUGUAGCAAUCUACUCUUUACAGGGUGGUGUGUGUGUGUGUGUGUGUGUGUGUGUGUGUGUGUGUGUGUGUGUGUGUGUUACUCUUCAUAAAGAGAAAGAAGCAAAACUCAAAUGAGUUAAAUGGUCUCAACCCCAAAAUGUUCAGAAGUGAUACCUAGAUAGAAGCCCAGGACAGAUUUUGGGAACCCACCCUCCAUUAACUAUGUGUCACUCAAAUGUAUCUUCUUAGUUCUAUAGAUUGGUUUUUGAACAGAUGUAUUUUAAACUCCUUAAAUCUCAAACACACAGCAGGUAGUUUCAAGUGUGCUGAUGACCAAGUCUCAGCAUAUCAGUGUUCUCCAAGUUUGCCUUUGUUUCCAGACUUACCCAUUUGUGGCAAAACAAAGCUCCCUGCUGGCAUUGGUGUACAUAUUUCAAGCUCUCUGUAAUUGUGCACAGACUUGAAAGUUGUAGUGUCUUGUGUGUGUCGAGUGCACGAGGACAUGGUAAACAAACACCACUUAGUUACAUGCUAGGCAGAGCCCUGACACCGUUCAUGUACAGCCUUGUGGUAGAUCCUUGUGUGCUGUAAGCAAGUUGCUUAGUUUUCCUCAACAUCCGUUUCCUUAUCUAAAAAUGAGCUGCCAUCAGAUCACGUGACACAAUGCCAUUUACAGUCUUCAAGUAACAUUUGGAAAUUAGAAACCCCUCGAUAACACUGAGUACCUUGGUGUUUUCGAGACAGUUUGUUGUCACCUCAAUGCAUGUUCUCCUGACCUUUCUAGUUGUGUGGAAACAAGAUGUAACAGACUUCCAGUCAUGAUGUUCCUGCCAUUGGGAAGCAUUUUAGUUCUUUUGCACAUCUGUGAUAAGUAUUCCAGAAGUGGUUGGUAACUGUUAGUUGAUUUGAUUUUGAAAUGGUAACCUGCUCUUCUGGGUUGUGGUUAGUUUAAUUGAAGAAUAAGAAUUGUGAAAGAAGUAUUUUUAAAAGUCAUUAUCUGUGAUGAUUUAUCUUUCUGAAAUACAGUUCUCAACACCAUCCAACCACAGUGAUGUGAUUGUCAUUGUUGACCAUUAUAUCCUGACUCCAUGUGGCUCUGUGUUCCUGGGAUCAGCCUCACCAUUGUCACUGACUGUGAAUUUAAAUGUUACCACUGUCAAGCUAUGAAAUAAAUCUGAGAAAGUGAAA